UACGUCUUUUAUCAUAAAAAGUGUUUUUUUGUAUAAAUAACGUAAAGAAUUACCUUAAAAUAUGCGGAGAAGAAAAGAAGACAGCGACCCAAUUGCAAAAUUGGGAGAACAAAUUAGAAAAUUAGAAGAAAGGAUAUGUUCACGUUCAAGGUCAAGUGCGGCGUCGUCUCAUCGACAUGGCCGAUAUGACCGGCCGCGUUAUACUUACAGGUCGAGAUCGAGAUCACGAUCUUGGACCUAUUCUAGGUCUACAUCAAGAUCCCUAUCUCCGCCGCCGAGAAGUAGAUCUCGUUCGGCAUCAAAAAGUAGAUCUCGAUCGCCCAUAAUAGUUAUAGAAACUGCGGACGAUCUCUCUUGUGAACCGGAGAAAGCAGCGCCAGAGAAGGAAGAUUUAGUACAAAAUUCCGAUAAGAAAGAAGAUACGCAAGCAAUUGAAGAUAUUAGUGAUAACAUCUUAGCCUUGCUCGGGGAUGCACCAGAAGAGGUUGCAUUUGGUCCAAACCUUCUUGGACAGGUUGCUUCUCGUUGGCAAGAUAUAAUUAAGAAAGGUAUGAAUAAAGAUGACAGAGACAAGAUUAUGAAAAAAUAUCCCGCUCCAGAUAACUGCAAAAUUAUUGGAGCCCCCAAAAUGAAUUUAGAGGCUCAAGUUGCAGCGGGCGAGACUCUUGUUCACAGGGACAAGGCGAUCGAAAUGAAGCAGAAUGAAGUUUCUUGUGCCCUGACCGCGAUUGGUCUAGCCCUUAACAAGUUGUGCUUGGUACCUGGUAAUGAGGAGGUUAUUAUGUUCCUGAGCGACUCUGCCCGUCUCUUGUGUGAUUACCAACACAGGGAAUCCCAACUAAGGAAGAUGUUCAUAAUAUCGGGUCUUGAAAACAAAACCGCACGCGACACUUUACGAGAUUGUGAGGUAGACCAGUGGCUUUUCGGAGAAAACUUAGCUGAAAAAUUAAAGGCUUCUAAAGCGAUUGAACAAUCUAGCAAAGACCUAAAAAACACAAAAAGACCGAAGAAGAUACAACCCAGUAAUUUAAACUUCAAAGGCCCGACCAACAACACACACAAACCCAGAGCCCGAGGUCAUCAGAAGCAAUACCACAGGAAACCGAACAACACUUCUUCUGCCAAGCCACACCAUCAGCAGAAGCGUCGCACUCACCGACAUUACAACAGCCGCCGUUAAAUGAUCAGCAACCAGCGGUUUCAACGGCGUCUUAUCCUGGUUGCCGCGGUGCUAUCCGGAAAGCGCUAUCUAUGAGGGGCGUGUCGUCUGGUGCGGCCGAAAUUAUGUUGGAAUCCCUUGCG